CAGAUAUAAGGCCUUGGUCCUUCCUAUAACUUCUCACAGAGUACAACGUCUACAGAGGAGACACAGCUCAACAUACAAACUGAUAAACAGAUAUUUCCAUCAAAAUGUGGUCAUCCCUGGCAGUGCUCCUCGCGGCCUCCUGUGUCUGUCUGGCAAAGGACAAUUUCAAAAUCAAAAUCAAAAUCAAAACCAAAUCAAUUGAUGAGAUCUCAGACGAUUCAGACCUGCGCUUCAGGCGUAUGGUUAGGGGCACCCUGGCCCCUCAUGUCCCCUGGCAGGCCAUGGUCUACCUGAGUAAAAACGUCAUGAACGGAGGCUUCGCUGGGGGAGCUCUAAUCUCUGACCGCUGGGUCCUGACUGCUGGCAGGAACUUGUUUGUCAGGAAAAGUAGGCAGGACACCAAGGGGAAAGAACCAAUCAUCCCCAAGGUGUACCUAGGCAUCACGCGACACUCCCAAGCCAAUGACUCCAAAGAAGUUGCUGUAGAAAAGGUGGUUCUGCACCCAGGCUUCCAGAGCGUGUCAGACUGGGACAACGACCUGGCUCUGAUUCAGCUGAAGGAGCCAUUCACCCUGAGCGAGGCUGUGAUGCCCAUCCCUCUGCCUGAGAGGGGUGAGGACCUGGCUGAGGCAGCCCAGGAGAAAGGCAUCAUCACAGGCUGGGGCUGGGGGGUCCACUUCACCCCCGCUGAGUCACUGAAACACCUGGUGUUGCCUGUGGCAUCGCAUAGCUCCUGUAAGGCAGAGUACAACCGCGGUGGCCAAGUGCUGAGCAGCACUCCAACCGUAGACGACAACAUGUUCUGUACUGGAGCCAGCAGGUACCAGGAGAAUGUGUGCUUUGGGGAUGCAGGCGGUGCCCUGGCAGUUCAGGACCCCAAAGACGGCAGAGUGUAUGCUGCAGGGAUCCUGUCCUUCGAUAAGACCUGUGCCGUGGAGAAAUACGCUGUCUACAUGAAGCUCUCUGCCUACAUGCCUUGGAUCAACAGUGUCCUCAGGGGCGACAGUGAGACAUCAGCCAGUCUCCGCUCCAGUGUAAUGUCUGAGAUGUAUUCGAGGCAGUUGUAGCCUCCACUCAGCACAGUUUCAGAUAUGAGAGCCGGGGCUCAUAAUCUCCAUUAUGCCUUUGCUAACAAAGUCAUUUUCUCACUUGAUCUUGUAAAACUCUCUCAAGUUAUGACUUUAUCUCUUUAUAUCCCUUUAUCUCUUUAUCUCUCAAGUUAUGUCUUCCGAUGUUGAUUUCAAAGGAUUUUUAAUAAAUUCAUCUCUCCUAAGAA